AGCCUGAAAGUAUGGACCCACCCCCACCCCGGGUCAACUCCGAGACUUGCCAAGGGAGCCCCUUACACUGGCCAUGCUGGGACCCAACAGUUGCUGCCUCUUUACAGGCCUCCUCGUUUGACCCGCAGAGCCCGCGCCUGGCCUCGUGCCUCACGCACCACCUGUGCCCCGGGGACCCCGGCGUGCCCACCGCAGCAGUGGUGUCCAUGGGCUCUACCGACCACCGCUUCAGCCUUGCUGAGAUCUUGGCGCAGAACUACAGUGUCCAGGAAGGCCAAGGGGAGGCAGCACAGGGCCUGGAACAGCCCGACGAGGAGCUGGAGAAGCAUUUUGGAGCCCAGCAGGCCCCCGACCCGGCCCUGCACCCCCAGAGGACGGACAUGCCCCUGGAGGAACUGCUGGCGCUCUACAGCUAUGAGGCAUCAGACCCCGUCUCUGAUCGUGACAGUGAGGCCAGCGAGGUGGCCACUCACCUCCCAGACAUGACCCUGGACAAGGAGCAGGUCACUCAGGAUUUACUGUCUGGGGAGGAAGAGAUGCAGCCGGUGGCCGAGGAUUUCCACCCUCCCGUCGCUUCUGUUACGGCCCACGAUGCCCCUGGCCUGUUCCCGACCCAGAGCGGAGCCCGCUUCCUAGCUGACGCUGGUGCUGACAAGGAACCGUCAUCCGACACCGAGGAAGAUCCUCUGCCUGCCAACAAGUGUAAGAAGGAGAUCAUGGUGGGGCCCCAGUUCCAGGCCGACCUCAGCAUCCUGCAUCAGCACCGCCAGGGAGAGAAGAUCUAUGAGAAUGAAGACCAGCUCCUCUGGGACCCCAAUGUCCUCCCAGAGCCGGAGGUGGAAGAGUUCCUGUACCGGGCAGUGAAGCGGCGCUGGAACGAGUCUGCAGGGGUGCAGGUCCCUGAGGGCGAGACGGUGAAGGACAGUGAGCAGGCGCUGUAUGAGCUGGUCAAGUGCCGCUUCAAUGCAGAGGAAGCGCUGCGGAGGCUGCGCUUCAAUGUCAAGGUGGUCAGAGAGGGCAUGUGUGCGUGGAGCGAGGAGGAAUGCAGGAACUUUGAGCAUGGCUUCCGAGUACAUGGCAAGAACUUCCACCUGAUCCAGGCCAACAAGGUGCGCACACGCUCAGUGGGCGAGUGUGUGGAGUACUACUACCUGUGGAAGAAGUCGGACCGCUACGAUUACUUCUCUCAGCAGACCCGGCUGGGCCGCCGGAAGUACGGGCCUGCAGGGACCACGGACCCAGACCAGGAUCUGGAUGGUGGAGACCCAGAAGGCCCGGGCCGCUCCCGCAGCUCGCCACCACUGCCCCCUGGCACUGCUAGCCUGGGUGCCGAGCCAGACCCCCUGGCACAGAUGCGCUUGGAAUCGCCUGGUGCCCACGGUGAACCCCUGUCAGGUUCCAGUGACCUGCCCUGUUUGGAGCCCGGGACAUGCCCCUGCCCGCUGCCAGAUGCCCCUCCGGCUGAGCCCCUGCCCCAGCGGUCCCCCCUGGCCCUGUGUCCCCCAGCUGUGGCCACCCCAGAGCCCAGCCCUAGCCCCGACCUGGCCAUGGACCUGGCAGUGCCUGGGAAUCUCCCGGACGACGCAUCUCUGCUGCCUGGCCAUGCCCACGGGGAGCCUGCACAAGUGGCUCUGGCCGUCACUGACUUCGAGCUCCUUGGCCUUGGGAACGUGAAUGUGAACCCCUUCUUGGCCACCCGGCCCACGUGCCCAGCGCCCGGCUUGCACUCAGAGCCUCUUUCGCACUGUAAUGUGAUGACGUGUUGAUGCCCAGCCGAAGGCGGGCUUGUGAGAUGUGAGGCCCAGACAGGAUUUGGGGCCCCCGGGGCCUGGCCGUCUUCCCGACCCUCCCCUUCUCCUGGGCCUUGGGGGCCGCUGCCUCUGCUUCAGAACACGUCAGACUCGUCAGAGACUUGGGGUGUGCGUGGCACGCAAGGGCCUGGCCGCCCCCCCCCAGACUGGUACCUCGGUGCCCAGCACGCAGCCCCCUACGUGGGAUGGCGCCAGCUUGUCGGGUCUCCGCAGCAGGGAAGGACCUCACUGCCCUCCCCAGGGGGAACCGGAUGGACCCACCUAUGGACAGACACGCCCACAGUCAGACUCAUCAAUGGACGGACAGGGCGGGAUGCCCCCACCCUCACCCCCACCAGCAGCCUUUGUCCGGGGCGCCCUCGACACCCUGCGGGCUGGUCCCCCACCCCAGCAGGGGCCCGGCAGCUGCCUUGCGUGCCAAACUGUGGGGCUCAGAGCCAUAUACCUCGACAGAUGCCGCCCGGCCCCCCCACUUCCUCCCUUCUCUCCACUUCAGGAAAUGCCGCACUUUACUGCCCCCGGGGGCCCUCCUGCUGCCUCAGGGGGUCAGAAGACGGGGACUUAUACCCUUGAGUCCAUCCUGCCUCUAUUCUGUGACCCCCCCAUUCUGUUGGAAGCUCCCCAGGCGUUGUUUGGGGUCCUGGCCCUCCACCUCUCCCCCCAAGCCGCCCUCCUUUUAUUUAUGUUUCUGUUUACAAAGCCGAGUGGGGUCCUCCCAGGUGGGGGGCUGAGCAGCGCCCUCCUGCCCACCCCCCCUGGGUAUCAGCAAGGGGAGCCAGCCAUGCCCUGCUCACUCCCCAUGCACCCCAGGACCACACUGUGACAUGAUGACUGCCUUUACCCCUCUUUGCUGAUUUUAUUUAUUAUUAAAUUUGAGUCAAAGCUG